AUGUACGGUCAUAAGCGUCCUCCUAAGCAGAGGGCUGCUGAUCAGAGGAGCUUGGCAGAAAUGUUUCAGCCAGCAAAGAGAGUAUCCCAGGAGUGUAGAGAUGCGGCCAAUAGUACAAGUGUUAACUGUAUCUCGGACGACAGUCAAAGUGGGGUUGCUGCUGGUGAGGACGAUGACAGUGUGCAGACAGCAAGUGACGGAGUUGGUAAUAUGAAGUCUGGAGGGGGUAGUCAGAACGUGGUUGCGACAACUGCAGAGGUUGUUAGUGAUAGUGACCAUGGAUCAUUCUUGGAGGCUGUAGCUACAGCCAUGGAAGGGAAAGCACUCAGUGAUGAGGACAAGGUGAAAGUGAUUGCUAGGAGAAAACCAAGCGAGCAGACAAUAUUGCCUUUUAGGAAGUAUGUUGAUAAGCGCAGGAAGAGUGGCUACUCAGAGAGAUUUGUCCAGAAAAAGUGGUUUGACCAAUUUGAUUGGCUAGGAUACUAUGGCAAACGCAAGGAAGAAGGCCUCUUUUGUUUGCCCUGCGUAUUAUUUCCUACCGUUUAUCGAGAGGGAUCAUGCCGUGGUGAUAAUUUUGUUGUCCGUCUUCACAGGGAUUGGAAGAAUCUUAUUGCUGAUGCUGCUGAACAUGAAUCUACCCAGUACCACAGAAAUGCUGCUGCCAAGUUGCUGGCAUUUCUUAGUACUGACAAGCACCCUUCUGAGAGGAUAGACCUGAUGCAGUCUCAAGCAGCUACAGAAAGGGUAUCUGCCAAUCGUUGUAUACUGUUGUCUGUUCUGAGGUGUUUAGAACUAGCUGCACGUGAAGGUGUAGCGCUGCGCGGUCACCGUGAUGACCUUACAUAUGAUCAUUCACCUCAAGGUAACUUCAUGGCGUUUGUGAAGUUUGCUAUCGAUUCUGGCGAUAUUGUCCUGAAGGAGCACCUUGAGUGUUGUUCUCGUAAUGCCACCUACAUGUCGAAAACUACCCAGAAUGACCUCAUGAAAUUGAUGGCAGAUGACAUAAUUCAGCAAAUAGUGGAUAAUGUAAAAAGUAGUCCGUUUUUUGCUGUGCUGGCAGAUGAAGUAAGAGAUGUAAGUGGGUGGGAACAGUUGGCAGUGUCUCUUAGAUACAUGAAGGACAACAAGGCAGAAGAGAAGUUGAUUAAGUUCAUUGCUUGCAGCUUUGGGACAGGUAGUAGCAUCUGUGCUGAGAUACGGAAUGCCUUGAGGCAGCUUGGUCUUGAUGAAACACGUUGUCGAGCCCAGGCCUAUGAUGGUGCUGGUGCUAUGUCUGACCACCUUAACGGUUGCCAGAAGAAUUUUCGAGACCAUGUACCCCGGGCACAGUACUAUCACUGCUGCAGUCACCAACUGAACUUGGCGUUGACAAAGUCUUGUAAUGUGUCUGAAGUUCACUGCAUGCUUUCCGACUUGAAGGCUGUUGGGCUCUUCUUCAAGUACUCCCCAAAACGGCAACGUACAUUAGAGCAGAGUGUUGAACAAGAAAACACCAAGGGGACAUCUGCCGGUGAAAAGCCAAUCACAGCUCAGAAGCUAAAGCUACUGUGUGAAACUCGCUGGGUAGAACGGCAUACUGCCUUAAAAGACUUCAGAGAUAUGUACUUUGCCUUAGUCCACUGCCUCCAAGUUAUUUCAGGCCAGAUCAUUGCCACUCCAACUGCUGCCUCUAAGUACGAUGCGAAGUCUGUCACUGAGGCAAACGGCCUCCUCCGCUCGAUAACGAUCGCAAUUGGAUGUGCUGGAGGCAUAUGGUGA